UUCACACUUGGAGUCCGCCAUAUUGGAUCCUCGUGUGGUGAAAGUUGUCAUAGAAAUGUGUGAUUUUCCAAAAUUACUUUAUUUGUGUAAAAUAGACUAAGAACAAUUGUAAUUAUGGCAAAUAAUAAUAAUGAAGGUGCCGAAAACAGUCCAGACAACUCGAAAGAUGCAGGAUUGGAUAAGUCGUUCGUGGGCAAGUUCGUGUCGGGGCUUUUCAACAGCACCCCCUUGUCCAAGUGGUUCGGCAAAGACUCGGCGUCCAAGUCGGUCAAGAGGCGGGAGGACGACGACGACGACGACGACGACGACUUUGAUGCCUCCUACGUUUUCCAGCCACCAAGCAAACGUGUGAAACUACCGUCUGAAGUGGAACACAACAAUUACAGUGCACAUAUAUUUGAAUCGCCAGUGACUGUGCAUAAUGCUUCCAAUAAUGUUAACAAUGUUUCGUCGAAAGUGUUUGGGAAGUUUCCUGAACCGGUGGCGGGGCCGUCGGGGGUUAAAUCCCGCAAAUUGUUCGACAGACACCGUUCUGCUAGCACAAAUACGGUCUCUACCAAUUCGUUCGAAAAUCAAGAAAUUGUUAACGGUGAGAAUGACUCUGACAGUGAAGAAUCAACUAGUGGCUAUUCUUCGGCACCCAAAUUGCUUAAUCAACCCAAAAGUGCAGAAAUAUCUCACAAGGAAACAUGUGAAAAAGUCACUCCUAAAACUAGGUCCUUGUUUACUUCAUCAAACGAAUCAAGCGGACGUACUUUAUUCUCGGAAAGAAGCCCCAACAUGAACACUUCUUUGAGUUCAAGACGGCCAUCGUUUAACGCAUCGACUUUCGGCUCGCCGAACUUUAUUGACAGAACAUUGUCUACCAAGAGAAUAUUGAGCUCACCUUUCUAUAGCGGCAAUACAAUUUAUGGCGGCGCCUCUGCAUACGGACGUAGGUUAGGUAAAAUUAGCGAAGAAACGAAUUCUAGAGUCUCUGUACAAAUAAAACCCGUAAACGAAAAACCUCCAAGCGAAAAUGCGACCUUAAGUAAGACCGCACGUAGAAUUCUGAGCACUUUAGAACAAUACAGCACUCCAAUAAGCGACGCUAAAAAAAUACCAGUCACGCCGAGAAGACCAGGAUUGCUGUCGUCUUAUGUCGGGGCAACUCCUUAUCUAGUGAGAGACCGGAAACGGCCUUCGAAUAAGGAGCUCCAAGUACCGUCCGUUCCUGAUUUAUUGCAGAUGAAGCAAAAGGAGCGACUACAAAAUAGCACAGAGACUGUUAGACAAAUUGCCACAAAGUCGAAGUCGUCGCUGAAUAAGGAAGAGUAUAAAAUCAGGACGGAGGAGGACAACAAGCAGAAACAUAGCAAUAAAAUGAAGAGCAGCGUGGCCUCGGUGCGGCAAAAAGUGCCACCUAUUGAGCCAGUCAGUGAGGUGAAAUUGCCGAAAGUUUCACUCCCAAUAAGCACCUUACCUAAGUUCGAUUUCGUUUUAAUGCCACCCAGCAAUUCAAGCGAAACCACCAAGAAUCAAAACGAAACUAAAACUCCCAAAUCCCCGGUUAGUACUGUAAUUAAACCCACGGUGAUUGUAGAUAAAAAAGAGACUGAGAAGAAAAUCGUGGAAAAUGGAAAGUCCAGUUUCACAUUUUCCGAACCGUUAGUGAUUUCAAAAGACUUAAAGUCUGUAACUGCGAUCAAUUGUUUCAAAUUCAGCGAACCGGUAUGUAAGAAACAAUCAACGCACACAGGACUCAUGUUUAAAUCGGCCGAAAGCAAGAGCGAAAUUAAACCAAAAAACAACGGCGAAAAUGUCCCAAGUAUCGCAAAACCGGCUAGUCAAUUAUCAACAGGAAGCGUAAUGGAUGUGCUGAAAAAGCCGCCGUCACAAAGAUGGGAAUGUCCGACUUGUCUCGUCCGAAACGACAUCGACAAAGACAAAUGUUGUGCCUGUGAUGAGCCCAAACCUCAGCCCGAAAAGAAGGAAACGAAAGGGUUUGGCGAACAAUUUAAAAUGUCGAGUGACAAGUGGGAAUGCAACUCGUGCAUGGUGCGGAAUAACAAUUCGGAUAAAACUUGCGUGGCUUGUGGCUCUUCCAAAGCAGGAGAAGACAAACCGGUGGCUAAAUCCGGAUUUGGAGAUGCCUUCAAACCGCCUGCAUCGACCUGGGAGUGCACGUCUUGUCUAAUUAGGAAUAAGAACGAACUGGAGAGUUGUGCAGCCUGUGGUGCAUCCAAGACGCCCAGUGGUAGUUUUGGAGACAAGUUCAAGCCAUCGGGAGACACCUGGGAGUGUGCUACUUGCAUGAUUAGAAACAAAAAUACGGUGGAUAAAUGUGCGGCUUGUGAGACCCCUAAACCAGGUGCCAAGCCUACGAGUGUGAAACCCAUGACAGCACCGAUAUUCUCCUUCGGUAUCAAACAAGAGUGGGAGUGCAAAACAUGCCUGAUUAAGAAUAAGAACGAACUGACGCAGUGUGCAGCCUGUGAGAUGCCCAGAGAGAGUGAAACGGAGAAAAAAGGUUUUGGAGACGCUUUCAAGAUGAAAGGAGGAGAAUGGGAGUGUUCUUCGUGUCUUGUCAAGAAUAAACCCACAGAUAAUGUUUGUGUUUGUUGUGGAGUUGCCAAAUCUGGUGGGAAAUCCUCGGAUGUGACGACCGGGGAAAAGAAACCUUUAAUUGGGUUCAACUUCGGUAUAGAUAAAUCAAACGCACCCCAAUUCAAGUUUGGUAUACCGAGCACUAGUAGCGAACUAAAAGCUAGUACUACAAGUGCGCCACCUACAUUUGCAUUCGGCGAUGCUGCGAAGUCGACUGCAGUAACAAGUAGUAGUUUUAGUUUCGGAAUAAAUACUCAGGAAAAAGUUACGCCAACAAAUACUGUUACCUCAAGUGAGAACGUGACCGUCGCCAGUAAUCCCUUACUUAAACCUAGCGAGAAAUUGCCGGAGAAAGCAACGCCUGCGCCGGUUGGUUUCAAAUUUGGCCUUGAUAAGACUCAGGAGUCUGUAGUGACGAGUAGUAGUGAUAGUACUAAUAAAACGGAAACGCCGACUACUACGAGCAGUUUCGGAACGAAACCGGCUCCCAUGUUCCAGUUCAAACCCCCGGCUGUGAACGGCGAUAUCAAGUUUGGUAGCGAAAAUAAGGACAAACCGGUGUUGGCCACCGAACCGGUUAAGGAGAGUCCUUUCAGUGCCGAACCGAAGAAUCAAGACUCACCUUUCGGGAGUAAGACGCAAAGUUCCCCAUUUGCUACCGCCGCUAGCAAGCCCCAAGAGUCACCCUUUGGUACCCCCAGCAAGCCAACCGAAUCACCCUUUGUCAGUAACAAACCUGCAGAUCUCCCAUUCGGAAGUGCAAGUAAACCGAGCGACUCACCGUUCGGCAGCGCCAGUAAGCCGAAAGACUCACUUUUCGGCAACGUGAACAAACCCUCAAGUUCUCUCUUCGGCAACACCGAUGCCAACAAACCAAAAGAAUCAAUUUUCGGAAGCACCACCGAACCGAAUAAACCCCAAGCCGGGUUAUUCACCACUGUGGACACAAACAAGCCGCAAGAAACCCUCUUUGGAGGCGACGCCAACAAACCGAAGGAGGUGCUAUUCGGCACCAAACCCACCGAAAGCAGUAACAUAUUCGCGGGUCCCUCAGCAACACCCACUUUCACUUUCACGCCAAAACCCCCCGAGAGCGCCCCGAGUCUGCCAUCGGCGGCCCCAGCAGCCGGCAUUUUCAAAUUCGGUGGUGCCACCGCCUCGCCAAACCAACUUUCGACCAAGCGGGCUUUCGACGAGCCCGCUGACAAUAACGUAACCAAUGGCUUCGGUUCGGUUCCGAAAAUUCCAGCCUUUGGGGCGUCCCAGAGCUUCGGGACGAGCGAAAGCAAGCCGUUUGCGUUCGAAAGUGCCCCCAAAAAUGCGGGUUUUUCGUUCGGUCAGGCCGAGAAACCGAAUACGACGCCCGUUUUCAAUUUUGGGAGUGCAGCAGCAGGGGCGUCAAGUGCGCCAAAUACAGGGUUUAGCUUCUCGGUGCCUAGUGCCGGGUUUAACUUUGGUGGUGCGCCCAAAGUGGAGAGUCAGCCGUUUAAUGCCGGGGGGAGUGUUUUCGGGACGGCGGGACCAGCGGCCAAGAAUGGGAGUUUCAAUUUUGGGACAAAUGCGAAUAAUAACAAUCAGAAAGCGGUGUUUAGUUUUGGGGCUAAUCAGACUAAUCCGCCGCCGAGUCAGCCCAGUUUUCCCAGUCAGGGACAGAGUCAGCCGGGGUUUAAUUUCGGAGCACCGACCCAACCACUUAAUGUACCCGGGGGUUUCAACUUUACGGGCGCCCCACCUACAUUUAACUUUACAGAUGGAAAUGCAGGAACGGCGCCGCCCCAGCGAAAAAUCAAGAAAGCGUUCCGACGGACGACGCAGCGAUAGUUUCCUAGAGUUUGUAUAUAGAGGAGUGAUUGUAUCGUGAAACAAGAAAUUGGAGUUGUGUGAGUACGUGUUAAGUUUGCUUAAAUUAUGUAAAGAAUAAAUGUGUGGAUCAAUCACCUUGAUAUUAAAAACAAUAUUUGUUUUCAGACCUAUAAAUGUUAGCUAGGCAUUAAUAAUAAAUGGGCCACCUGUGAAUAUUCGAGUCCAGGCAUUCGUCUUUCGAACAUGUAAUAUAACGUUGAAAAUCUUCAGAAUUUAUUUACCAUAUCUGAAUGUCUGCAGUUACAAGUAAUGUUCACAGAUGCGUCGGUGUACAAAUGACACUGUUGUACACGGCAUGUUACUCCCUACAUUGUAUACCAUAGCGUAGGCAUUUCAAAGGUCUGAUCCAUAGAAUGUAGAAUUUUAUAAUGAUGAUGAAGAGGAUUUUCAUCAAUAUUGUGUGAUGAUGAAUAUGAUGAAAUAUUUGUGAAAUUUUUGAAUGAUUCGUACCAUAUAAUAUUUAUAUGACGGCCAAUACUGGCUACUUUUACUGUGAUAUUCUUAUGGGUCAGGCCCCAUACAUAAGUAUAAACAAUAUGCAUAUAAAUAUAAUAUCUAAACUAAUCAACACAGACAAAACGAAUUAUUGUUUUUAUUGCAAAAGUCCAUGGUAGAAGACUAGAUUAUUUUUUUACGUUGUAAUUUGGUUUGUUGGAAGAAUUUGGCAGCCAAGUUGUUUAUCAAGGAUUGCUGAGUAUCGAACUAGUAAUUAUUGCAAUGCAAUAGUAUUUAUUUUUUAUUGUUAAUUUAGUUUUUGUCUGUGUUAUCUUAUCAAAAAGUAGGCUCACUCCUUAGUUCCUCAAAUUGAAAAAGUUGUAAAUAUUUGUUUAAAAGUGUGGUUUUUAACAACACAUCUAUUUUGUAUAAUUAUAUUCGUAGGAUAUAUUUAAAUGAAUAAUUUUUGUUGUCUGAAAUACUUGUGUUGUUUUACGUAAUGAGCCGUUAUUGGGCUCUUUUUAUGUGAGAAGUAUUAAAAGGAGUUAGACUGCUUCGUGUAAAUAUUGUAAUUCUACAUGAAAUAAAACGUUUUGCUGAAAAUUUCAUUUUUACUUCAGCUAUUGUUAUUCCUAAUUCAUUUAUCACGAGGUUGCGUUACUUUUUACGAACGGAUGGAAUUUUCAGCAUAUUUGUGCCUUUAUUUUUUUAAUGUAUAAUUUUAUUAGUUAUAUUUGUCAAGAACUUGGCCUAGUUUUGUUUAAAUUAUUUUCGUUUGGGUAGUUUUACAUAUUUAUGUUGAAUGUGAAGUUUACAAUGGAAAACAACUGACAGGAGCACCCUAUUUUUUAAUGUUCCAAAUCAUUCCUACUACGCUAGUAUCUUUUUAAAUUAUGCAAUAAUUUAUACUUAAUAAAGCCAAGUUUUGUUAAAUUUUGUUUUAGUUAAUAAAAUUACAUUAGUUAUAAAACCA